AUGGCAGAUAAACAAGGGUUUUUGACAAAGGAGGGUGGAAGUAUAAAGACAUGGAAGAAACGAUGGAUGGUAUUGAAGGAUGGAAAGAUUUACUAUUCAAAGAAUCCUGCUGAAUCGGCCGACGAGAUGAAAUCAUGGAUGGACAUACUAAACAAGACAUUGGGAAAGAUGAAGCAGCAGCAAGCGGCAGGUGGCGACGGCCAAAAGGCCAAGGACAAAAAGGUGGGUGUCGAAGACUUUGACUUGCUCAAUGUGAUUGGGAAGGGCAGUUUUGGCAAAGUCAUGCAAGUGCGGAAAAAGGAUACGGGCAUGAUCUACGCUAUGAAAGUACUCAACAAAAAGAAUAUCAUUGAGCGUAAUGAAAUGGACCAUACACGUGCCGAACGUAAUAUCUUGCGUAAACUAGUCCACCCCUUCCUCAUCAACCUCAUCUACAGUUUCCAAACCGAAGACAAGCUCUACUUUAUCAUGGAUUUUGUCAAUGGCGGUGAAUUGUUUUAUCAUCUGCAAAAUGAAGAAAAGUUUGACGAGACACGUGUGCGAUUCUACUGCGCCGAGAUUGUUUGCGGACUCGAGUAUCUGCAUGCGUGCGGUGUCAUCUAUCGUGACCUCAAACCAGAGAAUAUAUUGUUAACGUCGGACGGACACGCCUGUCUCACCGAUUUUGGUAUCUCCAAGGAGGGCCUGCUCAGCACAGACGACCGCACAGCCACCUUUUGCGGCACACCCGAGUACCUGGCACCCGAGAUUCUCAAAGGUGAAAAGUAUGGCAAAGCAGUGGAUUGGUGGAGUUUUGGUACACUCAUGUAUGAAAUGUUAUCUGGAUUGCCGCCAUUCUAUAGUCAAGAUGUUAGAACUAUGUAUAGUAAUAUUAUGAAUCAAAAAUUAGGUAAGAGAAACAAAAGAGAGAUAUCAUAUAUUUGGCUUACAAGUACUAAUAAUAAUAAUACUUUGUUUGUUUUGUUUACACCCCAAUUUUCACCAGAAGCAAGAGACUUUAUUUCAUUAUUAUUGGAGAGGGAUCCAGCAAAGAGAUUAAAAGAAGCAAAGGUUGCAAAGGCACAUCCAUUUUUCAAGGGUAUCGAUUGGGAUAAAUGUGUGAGAAAGGAGUUGGUACCACCAUUUAUACCUCAUGUCAAGGGAAAGAACGAUACUGGCCAAAUCGAUGCCGGCUUUUUGGCAGAGACUGCCAAGUUGUCCGUUGAUAAUACCCGUCUCUCUAGUUCCAUGCAAAAGAAUUUCGAAAACUUUACCUUUGUCGCUGAUAGUGAUUUCUUACAAAAUAAUGAUGCUCAUAAAAGAUAG